UUGGAAAGCCAUUCCACCCCAAUGAAGAUAGCCAGCGUGUCUCCCCAGGACAAUCACACAGCAGUCUGUGCUGAGAUUCAGAAAGAACUCGUGGCUGACAACGUAACACACAACGGUUCCUUCAAAAGGCCCCAGAACACCAGUGAGGAGCUCUGCUAUGGGAAGUUUAGAGAGGGUUUCAUCUCCACCCUGAAUGAAAUCUCUAAGAAAUAUAACAAUGAUUACCACAUAGUAAAGGACAUGGAAGAACUUACCAAAAUCUGCCCAAAGCUGAAAUCAACAGAACCACACAAGAACUGCACUACUGAGACAAGUAAUUUCUCAAAGUUCAAAGAAGCCUUACAGAGCGUUAUCAUAUCUACAGAGGGAUGGAAAUUUGUAAAAGGACCAAGGGCAUCCUCUGAGACCUCAUCCUCUCACAUCCUGGUGCCCUGGAUUUUCAGGAAAUGGGACUGGAGAAGCCUCAGGAACAAUUUACAGCCAGGGUGGGCUGACACCUGCAGAGUGACUGACAUGGAAAUGAUGAGCGCACAGAUGAGAGGCUGCCUGGGCGCCAAGGUGCCACUGAUGCAGAAGCUCAUCAGCACGUUGGUGUGUCAACAUUGCCAAGAAACUUUUGACAAAUUGAAAGACCCUGUUAGCAACAGUGAAAGUUUUCUGAAGGGUGAGAAAACCACUGGGGAGGAGACUGUUUUGACAUCUGCUCAUUAUUUCUACAGAAAGGCAAUUAGUCAAAUUGGCUUAGAGGACCCCUAA